AUGGCAGGUAAAAUUCCCGAUAAUCUGGAUGCCUAUUCAACCUAUUCUAAUACUCUUCCAGCGAGCGAAAUGACGGAUAUUCGGAUAUCAACAAAAUCGAAAGCGAUAACGAAACUCCCACCCACCAAAAAAGGUCUCAAGAAAAUAAAAAGCAGAAUAAAACGAGAACUCGAAGAAAAAAAAAGGGAGCGCAAAGCAAAUCUUGAACGAGAAUGUGUGGAAGAGGAAUGGGACGAAGAGACCAUUAAAGCCGCAAACUUGGAAUACAACAUGGCGUGCUUGUUACUGAACCUGGAAAGUCCAGAGGAGAGGAGACUCAAGCAGAAGCUUCUGAGUCUACGUGCUUCAAACGUUAAAAAAGACGAAAUGGAUCUCGUAAGGAAACCAAACAAAAAGAAAUCAAUAUAG